AUGUUAUAUUGUGGGUUAGUCAAGCAGGCAGUCUUCCUUUGUGCAUGCAGAUUUCUUUCUUCUUUUCUUCCUCUUCUCUUUUAUAAUCUAUCUAUCUCAGUCUCUUUUUUUUAUAAUCUAUCUAAUCUAUCUAUCUAUCUAUCUAUCUCAGUCUCUUUUAUAAUCUAUCUAUCUCAGUUUUAUAAUCUAUCUAUCUCAGUCUCUUUUAUAAUCUAUCUAUCUCAUCUCUUUUAUAAUCUAUCUAUCUCAGUCUCUUUUAUAAUCUAUCUAUCUCAUCUCUUUUAUAAUCUAUCUAUCUCAUUUUAUAAUCUAUCUAUCUCAGUCUCUUUUUAUAUAAUCUAUCUAUCUCAUAAUAAUCUAUCUAUCUCAGUCUCUUUUAAUCUAUCUAUCUCAUCUAUCUAUCUCAGUCUCUUUUAUAAUCUAUCUAUCUCAGUCUCUUUUAUAAUCUAUAAUCUAUCUAUCUCAGUCUCUUUUAUAAUCUAUCUAUCUCUAUCUCAGUUUUUUAAAUCUAUCUAUCUCAGUCUCUUUUAUAAUCUAUCUAUCUCAGUCUCUUUUAUAAUCUAUCUAUCUCAGUCAGUCUUUUAUAAUCUAUCUAUCUCAGUCUCUUUUAUAAUCUAUCUAUCUCAUCUCUCAGUUUUUUAUAAUCUAUCUAUCUCAGUCUCUUUUAUAAUCUAUCUAUCUCAUCUCUUUUAUAAUCUAUCUAUCUCAGUCUCUUUUAUAAUCUAUCUAUCUCAUCUCUUUUAUAAUCUAUCUAUCUCAGUCUCUUUUAUAAUCUAUCUAUUUCUCUUUUAUAAUCUAUCUAUCUCAGUCUCUUUUUAUAAUCUAUCUAUCUCAGUCUCUUUUAUAAUCUAUCUAUCUCAUCUCUUUUAUAAUCUAUCUAUCUCAGUCUCUUUUAUAAUCUAUCUAUAUCUAUCUCAGUCUCUUUUUUAUAAUCUAUCUAUCUCAGUCUCUUUUAUAAUCUAUCUAUCUCAUCUCUUUUAUAAUCUAUCUAUCUCAGUCUCUUUUAUAAUCUAUAAUCUAUCUAUCUCAUCUCUUUUUAUAAUCUCAUCUAUCUCAGUCUCUUUUAUAAUCUAUCUAUCUCAGUCUCUUUUUUAUAAUCUAUCUAUCUCAGUCUCUUUUAUAAUCUAUCUAUCUCAGUCUCUUUUUAUAAUCUAUCUAUCUCAGUCUCUUUUUUAUAAUCUAUCUAUCUCAUCUCAUCUAUCUCAUCUAUCUAUCUAUCUCAGUCUCUUUUAUAAUCUAUCUAUCUCAGUCUCUUUUAUAAUCUAUCUAUCUCAGUCUCUUUUGUAA